AUGAUAUCUAAAAGAAGUAUUGAGAUAUACUUAAAUCAUUUGUUUUAUAAUCAAGACUGUUCAUGUCCCUGGGUUCUUACGUUUGAAAAACAGCCAAUAAUAGUUGAUGCUUUUUUUACAUUAGCUGCAACUCUUGUGAUUCAACAGAACGAAGUGAGUUUUAUUCCCUCUGAGUCGACAUAA